CAUGGGAAAUCAAGCAUCUACCAACGCACCACACCCACAUAGGAAGAAACCGAUCAGCGCUAGGCGCCACUGACCAUGGACAAGAUCUUGGCUUUCUCGAUCCUGAGCUCCUCGCCGGCGGACAUCGCGGGUGCCGGGUACGCCACACGCCUUUCCUGGCGGAGCCGCAGCUGGCAGCAGCCGGAGAAAGCCACGGAGAAGCAGCGGCAGGAGGAGAAGGUCGACCAAGCCUCUCGCCCAGAGAUGAAGCGGGAGAUGCGUUUCACGCCGGAGUUCGACGGCAUCAACUGCUUCGAGUCCAUGAUCUCAUUCUGACCGGCUCGCCGGCUGUCUCGGUCGAGAUUUUUCAGUUUUUUUUUUUUGGCUAUUUUUUGGUUGCUUAAUCAGUGAAGAGACAUGUUAUCCGUA